ACCGCUACUGACUCUCGCCCGUCUCCCCGGCUCCGUUCUUCCUCCACUCCACUUCCUUUGGCCUUGGGAACCUCGUCUGCUGUGGCUGUUUGGGUCUGGCUCGACUCACUAAUUCCUGAACUCUGGCGUUGUUGGGCCGAUCUGGCGCUCUCGCUCGUUCUCUCUCUCUGCUGCUGCACUCUCCUUUGGUUGGCUUUCUUCUGCUCUUUCUUCCUCGUCCUGUCCGGGUGGCUGCUUUUUUUCUUUGCUUCUUCUCCUUCCUCUCAUCCGUUCCUUUGACUUGACUCUUAUUGUUUGUGCAUGAUUAUAUUCCUCCGCUUGCUAUAAUAAAUAAUCUCCGGCCAGCCUCAGUGCACGAACGGACCCGUCGCUCCUUACCGUCAGCCACGAUCGAAAUUAACCAUCUUACCUCCGUACCUCCCGGAUUUUGUUGAUCCACCCCUGUCGCUCUCCGCGUCGCAUUUUUUCUUUCUCUCUCUUCUUUCUUACAGUUUCAUCGUUGCAAACAUUUUUUCUCUUUCUACUCUCUAUUUUAAACCCGUCCAGUCCUCGAAUGCCUAGUCGUCAGGCCGUUUCUCCUUUCUGCAGGUCAAGCGUCGUUGCCCUCCCCCCGAAUCAGCGGCUCCGGGUGCAGCGUGACCGCCGACAUCUCGGCCCCCUAUGAAUGGUCAUUCAGGGACCAUGUCGCCGGUCUCCGUGGACGGCAGUGACUGGUCGGGAAUCAAUCAGUACCAGAAAUCCGAUCCGCCCUUCUCCCCGACCUUCUCGAACCGCGGCAAUCUAGCCACCCCCCCUACGUCCGGCGUCCCCAGCGCCACCAACGGCGUGCGAAAUGGAAGUGCCUCCAGCCAGGUGAGCGACUCGGGGAACCCGUCGCCUCCCAGCUCCGUGGCCGCCCGUUCCAGCGAUGGCACGCUGGCCGAUAAGAAGAGCGCCCGCCACAAGAAGAUGGAGGAAUUUCUGGGUCAGCAUUAUGUGGCCUUGAGACGCUUCCUGCACAUGGGCUACCGGGACGAUCCCCGGAAUGGCAAGCAGAGCAAGGCCCGCGACAAGUUGCUGCGAUUGUCCGCCACCCAGUUUCACGAGCUGAGUACCGACGUCUACGACGAACUGCUGCGACGCCAGCAGGCCGCGCCGUCGCCCUCGCGGCCGCCUCGCCCCGACGUUCCGCCCUUCCUGCCUCCCCGUGAGGAUUUCCACGAGAAGCGCAACCAGGCGCGUCAGAAGCUGGCCUCGCUGCAGCAUCAGCGCUUCAGAGAUCUCGCCACCGAUGUCUACUGCGAGCUGGAGCGCCGCUUCCCCCAGUUCCCGGCGCGGGAAUCCCGCCGAGCGAGUCCCGCCCCCAGUUUCCGGGGCCGCCCUUCCAAUGGCUACCCGCCCGGCCCCUACGGUCCGGGAUACCCGCCGCCGCCUCCGGGGAGUCGACGGUCGCAAUCUCGCGGUCCGCCGCGUGGCAGAGGAGGAUAUCCGUCGGGCGGUCCUCCGGGCAGUCCGUUCCCUCCUCGGCACGGGUCUCUGGGCGGAGCGCCGCCCUCCGUCAAUGGGGAUGGUCCAACGGCGAAGUCCUUCCAGAGCAAUACAAUCGUUCCCAAUAAAAGUACCAUGGUGGAGGACGACGAUGAUAUGGCCGGUAUGGAUGAUGACUAUGACGCGCGGAGCGAUGCCUUUGCUCUGGAUGCGGUGCUGCAGAGUCGGCGCGGGACGACCACGACUCUAGGAGACGGGGAUCGCAAGCUGCUGGCGGACACGCAGGCUCAAAAUUCGACGCUGCAGGAUAAGGUGAAUAAGCUCGAGGAGAUGCUCAAAGCAAAGGAUGAAGAGAUCGCCAAACACCAGGAGGACCAAAGCAAGGUGGGCAAGCUAGAAGAUCUCAUCAAAUCGAAAGACGAGGAGAUCGAUCGAUACCGGGAAGAGCAGGACAAGUCCCAGAUCAGUACAUUCGAACGGCAGGAAUGGGAGGAUAUCAAAAUGGAGCUGGAGAGCAAAAUCUCCAAGGCGGAAGACUUGAAUAGUUCGUUGCAGUUGGAGCUUGAUAAGGUCCGAAUGGAGCACGACGCUAUGGAACGGGAUCUUCGAACCCAGAUCGACGAGUCAUCCCGGCAAGGUGGUAACGAUCCUGAGCUGCAGGCUCGUUUUGCCGACCUCGAGAUCAAGCACCGGGGAUUGCAAGGCGAGCUGCAGGAACAGCAGCAGGUGACGGAGGAGGUCAAACGGGAGGCCGCCGGUUUCCUGAUGGAAAUGAGGGCCUUGUCGGAACAAAGUCACUCGAGAUGGGAGCACGAAGAGCGCCUGUCUGGCGAAGUCCACCGGCUGGAAGAGGAGAUCAAACAGUGGAAGAGUCGGUAUGCCAAGGCGAAGUCUCAGUUACGACACCUCCGAGCCUCGACGUCUGGCAUUCCCGAGGCGCUUCCGGAUGCCAGCACUGUUGCCAGAGAUAACGAGCUGCUGCACGAGAAUGGCUUGAUCAAGGAUGUUCAUGUGACCAAGUUCCAGAUCUCCAUCGACGAGCUUCUGCGCGUGGCGCGUUUCGAUGACCACCAGCUUGUCAUGCAGCAGAUCAAGACCGUUGUGAUUGCGGUCCGUCAUGUGCUGCACGAUGUCGAAGUGUCUCCAGAUCUCGGCGAUGGGACGUCUCAGUUGCGCACCAAGGCCACGCGCAAAGUCUCGGCGACGGCGAACAAUCUGAUCACCGCGUCCAAGAACUUCGCCAGCUCCAACGGUCUUUCCCCGGUCUCUCUCCUGGAUGCCGCUGCCUCGCACCUGUCAACCGCGAUUAUCGAGCUGCUUCGGCUGGUCAAGAUCCAGGCUAGUCCGGCUGAUGACCUGGACGAGGUCGAGGAGGAGCAGCAGCUCGCUCAGAUGCAAUCGCCGGACUACUUUAGCGUAGCUCCCAGCCAGCGAAGAAUGAGCAACAACGGAUCUGUCUACAGCGCUAUGAGUCCUCCGUCUAACCAUUCUCGGAACCCUACAUCGGACAAUAUCCCCAACGGCCUGGACCACCCCCUGAAGGUCAACUACGGAUUGCAACCUGAAGAUCAUGAGCUUCAGGAACUCAAGGUUUGUCUAGAUUCGUCUUGUGUAUGAAACAAUCUAACCUCUUGCAGCUCUACGUAGAAGAUCAGACCGACGGCCUUGUGCAGUCUAUCCAGGCUCUCGUGGCCAGCAUCCGUGGAGAAGAGGGCCUAACUACCAUCCGCACCCAUGUUUCCGCGAUCUCUUCGGUCGUGACCAAUGUUGUCGCGUCUACGGAGCAUUUCAUCCACAAGCCCGGCACUAGUCCCGUACUCAUGGACCGAGCUGGGUCCACCAUCGAAACCCUGGAUCAUCACCGGAGUCGACUGCUGAAGGCUGCAGCGGAAGGCGAAGGCCUUUCCUACGAUGAAGUCUUCAAUACCGUCACGAACAAACUUCCUCCCAUCGCUUUUGAAAUCGCCAGGGUGACCAAGGAACUUGUGCAGCGGUUAGAUCCGGGGCAUGAGGAUGACGCCGAGGAUGAUUUCCGGUAAACGGAUCUUGUCACUGUGCUCUGAUGUCUCACGACCUGACAUUUGUCUUCUUUUUUUUUUAACUUCUAUUCGACUGGACAUUUUACCUUAUAAUUCACAUGGCCCGUAAGCCAUUGAUAUUCGAGCACACUGAUUUAACUCAGUAAUCAUGCAUGACAAUGAGCAACCAUGUGAAACGACAUGUUGAAUUUAGUGGAGCUUAUGAUUUCUAUUCUGAUCUACCCUUUUAUUCUUUAUUUCCUUUCUCAUUUGUGAAUUUUAUAAUUUCGCACAGGAUCUGUAUACUUAUUGACUGCCUUUUGUCUUCUUGUGGAUUAUUUUGCUUGCUUUCUUCGAUCGUUUCGAUUAGCGGUUUCUUCUUGAUCCUGUACUUUCUUCUCAGUGUUUGCCACUGUGUGACUUGUUUGGUCGGGUUUCGUUGCAAUUAGAAUGGAUAUAUUAUGGAGAGGCUGGCUGUCUUAUCUCGUGAAUCUGAUCGAGUUGAAGGUCGUCGUCGGUGCUAGUUUGCUAGCUUGCUAGAUGCCAUGUCGAGAUGAGCUGUCGAGUGUUGCCACAUUGUAGAUCGGGGCGGACAUCACGUGGACUGCAGGAGCUGCAUUCCAUUCUGUCAGGACAGAUUUCCUUAACUUUCCAUCAAACAAGUU